AUAUUAUUCAAGUUCACCUGUUUCGACUAGGCAAUCUGUGCUCUAAAAAUCACACUGUAUAAUUUGUAUCCUACCAAAUGAAAUCAACCAAUCUGUGCUCCACCCCGACAGGCGGCCAGGCGGCGGCUCCAUCCCGACGACGGCCAGGCGGCUUCUUCAUCACAGAGGACAUGACGCCACCAGGUCAAAGAGUAGACCCUUUUUGGCUUCUUGCAGGGGCGAUUGAGGGCAUAUUGUUCAAGGAAAAGAGAAGAAGGGUGUAGAUGGAGGAUACAUGCUUCGACAAUGAAGGAUAACGUGACGAUAAAGGUGAAGAAGAACCCACAUCGACAUGGUUGUUCUAGUUUAAGAAGAAGUAAAACUGUGAAGAAUGCAACUAAAUUUUGGGUCUGUGAAAUUGUGAAAGAUUGGAUCAUGGAGGAUGCAAGGUUGACAGCUAAAGAAUUGCAGAGGAGGAUAAAAGAUAAGCGUAAGGUAGAUGUGCCUUACAAAAGAGUGUACGAUGGUAUGCUUCUUGCCCAAACACAACUAUUUGGUAGUUGGGACAACAGCUUUAAUAACUUAUAUAGGUUCAAAAAAGAGGUAGAAAGAUGUUGUCCUGGUAGUGUUGUAGUGAUUGAUAAUCAUAUGGUAAAUGAGAAGAUCCGGUUCAAUAGACUAUUCUUUGCUAUGAAACCAUGCAUAGAAGGUUUCCUUAGAGGGUGCAGACCAUACUUAGCAAUUGAUAGUACAUUUUUGACAGGGAGAUUUAGAGGACAACUAGCUUGUGCAAUAGCUGUAGAUGGGCAUAACUGGAUGUAUCCAGUUGUUGUUGGAGUGUUAGACUCAGAAGCAAAUGAAAAUUGGAGCUGGUUUAUGCAGAUGCUUAGAGAUGCUAUUGGAACACCAGAAGGGUUAGUUAUUUGCACUGAUGCUGGACAAGGAGUGAUGGCAGGGGUUAAGGAAGUGUUCCCAAAUGCAGAACAUAGAGAAUGCAUGUUACAUUUGGUCAUGAACUUCAAGAAAAGGUUUAGUGGAAAGAUAUUUGAUGAUCAUCUUUGGGCAGCCGCAUAUACAUGGAGCCCAUACUUGUUUGAGAAGCACUGGACGACAAUGGAUGAAGCUAUGCCGGCAGCAAUGGCGUACAUAAGGCAAAACCAUACUAGGAUAUGGACAAGAAGCCAAUUUGGGACCCAUUGUAAGGUUGAUUAUGUGACCAAAAAUUUGGCCGAGUGCUUUAACAAUUGGAUUAAGAAGUAUAAGGGCUUGAAUUUGGAUGACUUGCUUGAUAAUAUACGACAACUUAUUAUGAAGAAGUGGGAUGUUAGGAGGACAAUCUCAAGAAAGAUGGAAGGGGUUAUUCUACCACGAAUCAUUAAGGACUUGAAAGAACAAAGCUUUAACUUAGAUAUGGAUGUUCAGCAUAGUGGGGAUACACUUGGAGAGGUGUCUGUAAAGGGUGGCAGUGGUUAUAAAUGUGUUGUCAACCUAGACAAAAGAACUUGUUCUUGUAGAAAAUGGGAUGUCACUGGUAUUCCUUGCAAUCAUGCAAUUGCAUUUAUUACAUCUCUCAACGAACCAUUAGAGAAAUAUGUUAACAAAUAUUACUCAGUUGAGACAUUUAGAGCUGCGUAUGACACUCUUAUCCCUGCCAUGCCUGACAAGUCCCAAUGGCCAGAAUCUGAUCAUGGCUUCUUCAUGCAUCCACCACUUCUAAAAUCUACAGCUGGUAGAAGACAUAAUGAGAGGUUCAAAGGAUGUUAUGAGGCAGGCAGUAGCACAAAAAAGAAGGGGUCACACCAGUGCCCCAUUUGCAAGUCAUAUGGUCACCGUUGGUACAACUGUAAGAAUGGUAACCCUGAAGACAUAGCUGCUAUGGUAGCUGUGAAGGGUCCUCCAAAGAAAAGGAAAAAGAAUGUUGAGCCAUCAUGUGAGAGUGCCAUCGUGAUCGCUGCCUCAACACCCAAGACAAUGCGUUUUCCUCCUAGCCAAGGUGCCUCAGGAAGCUUUGGUUCAAACUCUCAUAGGUCUGGACAUGGCUCAAAUCAACCUGACCAACUUGCCAUUGAGUAUCCCUUGUUGUCCUUAGCUGAAUCCACACCACCACCUCCAAACCGACAGCAAAGAAGGUGAAAACAAAAGAGAAGGCACAAGAGAAGGAGAAGGCGAAGGCAAAAGGAAAUAAAAAGAGACAAAUUCCACUACUACCUGAUAGUCCAGCAAUGUCUACUAGAAGCAAGACACCUCAAAGGCAAAGCCCUGCCUCAUACACCAGGGCAAAAAGAAAACUCUCGGACUUGAAUCUGUAGUGGAUGCAUUUUGUUAAGUCUGCACUUUUGUGUUGUAUUGUUUUGUGUGGCCUACAACUGAAUGCACUUUUGUGUGGCCUACAACUAGAUGCACUUUUGUGUGUUUUGCUAAGUCUGCACUUAGACAGGCUGCAGUUAUGUGUUGGUGUUAUGGACAAGAGUCUCUAUGGACAAUAUGGGUUGUUGUUAGAGAUCUCUUGUUGUUAUGUGUUGUAUGAACUGCACUAGUUUGGUAUGUGAAUCUGAACCAGUUCUGUUCUCAGA